GGUGUUUUCGGAUACGUGAAUGCCUAUUUUGGGACUGUAGAGAGUCAAGGUCGUGGAACAUUGCAUUUGCACAUGUUGAUAUGGCUGAAGGAUUCGCCAACGUCAGAUGAAAUGUCAAGUCUGCUUCGAACUGAAGAAUUCAGACAAAAAAUGGUGGCCUUUAUC